CAAGGCUUUCAGGAGUCCACAUAUUAUAUUUCUAUAUUAUCUCUUCAAUCUUCUCCGUGCUCACUUCAAAACCCCCCACCCUUUUUAUUUUACUCUUCCUUUUCCCUUCUCUUUUCUCCUUUCCAUCUUUUGUUUUAUACUUGUUUCUCCUUUUCUGCAUCUCUGACCAUGCACUGCACCAAAAGCCUAGCUAGGGUUUCUUUCUUUUCUUGAGUAAAUUCUUGCUUUUCUUUUUGUUUAUAAUCAGAGAGGAAGUUUGAGACAUUUGGAUUUGUCCUCGUGUCUCCUCUGCCUCUCUCUCUCAUUUUCUCUUCAUUUUCUUACAUAUUCUACCAUUGUAAUUACUUACAUAAACUAUACUUGUUCCUAAUUUAAUUGUAAUUAGUUGUAAAUUUGAUGAGUUUUGCGGGAUUUCUUGAUAAUAGUUCUGGCGGAGGGAGAAUUGUUGCGGAAAAUAAUUUAGGUUACAGCAGCAACAUGCCCUCUGGUGCAAUUUCUCAGCCGCGCCUCGUAACGCAAUCUUUUGCGAAGUCCAUGAUCAACUCUCCUGGCCUCUCUCUCGCUCUCCAGACGAGUAUGGAGGGGCAAGGAGAUGUGGCGAGGAUGGGCGAGAAUAAUUACGAGAAUACUAAUGUUGGUGGGAGAAGAAGUAGAGAUGAAGAACAUGAGAGUAGAUCUGGUAGUGAUAAUAUGGAUGGAGCUUCUGAUGAUCAAGAUGCGGAUGAUAUGAAGCCACCGCGAAAGAAAAGAUACCACCGACACACUCCACAGCAAAUUCAAGAACUUGAAUCGCUUUUUAAAGAGUGUCCUCACCCUGAUGAGAAGCAAAGGCUGGAGCUUAGCAGAAGGCUUUCUUUAGAGACGCGGCAAGUUAAGUUUUGGUUUCAGAAUCGGAGAACUCAAAUGAAGACUCAACUCGAGCGCCACGAGAAUUCACUACUUAGGCAAGAGAACGAUAAGCUUCGAGCUGAGAAUAUGUCGAUUAGAGAAGCUAUGAGGAAUCCCAUUUGCACAAACUGCGGAGGUCCAGCGAUGAUCGGAGACGUUUCUUUGGAGGAGCAACAUCUUCGGAUGGAAAAUGCGCGAUUGAAAGAUGAAUUAGACAAAGUGUGUGCACUAACUGGCAAGUUUCUGGGACGCCCCAUGUCAUCUUUGGCUAGUCCAACUAGUUUGGAACUUGGUGUAGGAGGAAAUGGCUUUGCUGGUUUAAAUUCAGUUUCCACAGCGUUGCCUUUAGGACCUCCUGAUUAUGGUAAUGGGAUUUCCAGUUCUUUGUCUGUGAUUCCUCAAACUAGAUCAAAUUCGGGGCCAACUGGAAUUGAGAGAUCGAUGUACCUUGAGCUCGCGUUGGCUUCAAUGGAUGAAUUGGUGAAAAUGGCACAGACUGAUGAGCCUUUAUGGAUAAGGAAUUGGGAGGGUGGAAGAGAAAUGCUGAAUUAUGACGAGUACUUGAGAAUUUUUAGUAAUCCUUGUAAUGGUCCCAGGCCUAAUGGUUUUGUUACUGAGGCUUCCCGAGAGACCGGAAUGGUAAUCAUUAAUAGCUUAGCUCUUGUGGAAACACUGAUGGAUUCGAACAAAUGGGCAGAAAUGUUUCCUUGUAUGAUUGCCAGAACUUCGACAACAGAUGUUAUUUCAAAUGGCAUGGGCGGAACUCGAAAUGGUGCACUUCAAUUGAUGCACACGGAGCUACAAGUUCUAUCACCACUAGUUCCUGUCCGGGAGGUGCAUUUUCUGCGAUUCUGCAAGCAACUCGCAGAGGGAGUUUGGGCUGUAGCCGAUGUCUCAAUCGACUCCAUCAGAGAAACUGCCGGUGCACCUCCAUUUUUCAGCUGCAGAAGGCAACCUUCCGGUUGUGUAGUGCAAGACAUGCCUAAUGGAUACUCUAAGGUUACAUGGGUAGAACAUGCAGAAUACGAAGAAAACACAGUUCACCAUCUUUAUCGGCCUCUAAUCGGCGCCGGACUGGGCUUCGGCGCCCAACGAUGGGUUGCCACCCUCCAACGCCAAUGUGAAUGUCUCGCCAUCCUCAUGUCCUCCGCUGUUCCGUCUCGAGAUCAUACCGCAAUAACUGCUAGCGGUCGUAGAAGCAUGCUGAAGCUAGCCCAGAGAAUGACUGAUAACUUCUGCGCUGGAGUGUGCGCGUCCACUGUGCACAAGUGGAACAAGCUCUCUGCCGGAAAUGUGGAUGAAGAUGUUCGCGUUAUGACACGUAAAAGCGUCGAUGACCCCGGUGAGCCACCCGGGAUUGUUCUCAGCGCUGCCACUUCUGUUUGGCUGCCCAUUUCUCCACAAAGACUGUUUGAUUUUCUCAGAGAUGAGCGGUUGAGAAGUGAGUGGGACAUCCUCUCCAAUGGCGGACCUAUGCAGGAGAUGGCUCACAUUGCCAAAGGCCAAGAUCAUGGCAACUGCGUUUCGCUCCUCCGUGCUAGUGCAAUGAACCCGAAUCAGAGCAGCAUGUUGAUUCUGCAAGAGACUUGCAUAGACGCGGCUGGCUCGCUUGUGGUGUACGCGCCGGUUGACAUACCAGCCAUGCAUGUAGUGAUGAACGGUGGGGAUUCUGCUUACGUGGCACUUCUUCCAUCAGGGUUUGCGAUAGUCCCGGAUGGGCAGGGCUCUCGUGGGCCAUCAGGUAAUGGUACAGUCAGCAAUGGUGGGUCGGGUCAUAGGACGGGUGGGUCACUUUUGACUGUGGCCUUUCAGAUAUUGGUGAAUAGUUUGCCUACGGCUAAGCUCACGGUAGAGUCUGUGGAGACAGUUAACAAUCUUAUAUCUUGCACCGUUCAAAAAAUCAAAGCUGCUAUUCAAUCCGAAAGCUCUCUUUGAAGCCUUUGCUCACGUGACUGGAAUGGUAUGAUUUUAUGAUUAUGAUUGUGUUAGUAUAUUAGCAGGUGUUUGCGAUCAGUGAAUUUCUGCGUGCGAUAAUUUGUUUGAAUUGAACUGUUGCGGUGAAGACCCUCGUGCAAGGUGCAGGAGUGCUUCCGAAUUUUGUAGAUGCGAAAGUGUUGUGCAUCGUUUUUAUCAGAGUGUGGUCAUGCCGAUAAACUUGGCAGAUAGUAGUUGAUUGUAACAUGAUAUAAUGAUGGGAGUCUGAGUCAAGAACGAACCGCGGUUUAUGUAUGUAUCCUUGCUAUUGUGGGUGAAGAGCGAGUCAACUCGAAAGGAAUAACUCGGUUUUGUAUGAAUGCAGGGGUGGUGGUUCGGGUAUUGACUCAAGUUAAACUCGUGAAAUUUGUCACGACUGCAAAGAAGCUAGCUGUGUAUGAUUUAUGAAUGUGUGAAUUAUUGGAAGAAGGGUGUUUUAAUUUUGUAUUAACAAAUUGUUUGUUUUUUCUUUUGUCAUAACCAAAUGUAUUUAUGUAAUGCAAUGUUUCGAUUUGUUUUCCAAGUGAUUAAUGUAGCUGAAAUUAUUUGUUGAA